AUGGCUACAACGACGAGAACUACAGAAACCGAAGCACGGCAUCUAGAGACCGAUGAUCAAAUCAUCGAAGCUGCACAAGCCCUCAAUGUGAAGCCGCUAUGGAAGGAGAUGGCUCGUUUGAAUCCAUCUCUACCAAACCCGAAGUGCAUUCCAUACAUUUGGCGGUUCAAGGAAGUCCGUCCUUUUCUCGUGCGGGCCGGUGAAGUAGUCAGUGAGAGACAAGCCGAGCGCCGAGUAUUGAUGCUGGUAAAUCCAGAACGAGAUGCUCCUUACACGACUGACACGCUCUUUGGAGGUCUUCAGCUUGUCAUGCCGAAUGAGACGGCGCCAGCCCACAGGCACACGGCCUUUGCAAUGCGAUUCAUCAUUGAAGGACAAGGCGGAUACACAGCAGUCCACGGCCAGAGAAUACACAUGCGUCGUGGCGAUGUGAUACUAACUCCAGCUUGGAACUGGCACGACCACGGCAAAGACGGGUCUGGGCCAAUGAUCUGGCUCGACGGUCUCGACUUGCCUAACUUCUGUCAUUUUCCCGUCCAUUUCGUCGAACAUUACGAGAAACCCCGCUACGAAGCAGUCGACGUCGACAGCAACGACAGUGACAUUGUAUUCCCCUGGCAUUCGAUGCAAGCGAAGCUCGACAGCGGUGAGAAAUGGCAUGGUUGGCGGGUGGAAGAAUACCUUCGCAAAGACGGAAAAGCAGUAUCAAAAACAUUGGGUGGCACGGCGGAGAUUCUACUGCCUGGUGCGAUGUCUCCUGUCAUUCGAGAAACGGCUUCUUCUGUUUAUCAUGUGGUAGAAGGAUCGGGCUUCACAGACGUGGAUGGCCGACGCAUCGACUGGCAGCGAGGAGACACUUUCUGCAUCCCUGCCUGGAAGAAGUAUCGCCACGUGUGCUGUCAGCCAGACUGUGGGCCAGCAGCCUAUCUGUAUCGAUUCCAUGACAGGCCGAUGUUGGAGGCUCUGGGAUUGUAUCGCAUUGAAUGUGAUGAGAGAAUGGCUCUGGAAGGCACUGCAGGAGAAAACACUGCGUAG